CCCGGGGUCACAGCAGAGGAAUGAGGAGAGGCAGCCGGGCCCCGCGCUCCGCCCCGGCCUAGGGCCUUGCCCCGGGAGCCGCGAGGUUUUUGUGGAAGGGAGAAGGAAAAGCAGAGACCUGACACCCUGAAAACUUGGCCUGGUGCUAUGUCUUCGUGAAGGGUUACCUAUACUACUUUGAUGUGCUCUGUGGUGGCAAGAAAAUUUAACAGGAUUUAUCAUCUGUUUGACCUUAGAGGCUUAUAGUACAUUUUACUGGAAGCAUCUGUCUACAUAGAAAACAACUCAUCCCAGUUUAUUGGUGGAGGCCUGAAUUUUGAUCUAUGUCCUCCCUACAUCAGCUGCCUGGAAGUACUUAAUGAUCACAUGACCCUGGACAUGGACGCUGUCCUGUCCGACUUUGUCCGUUCCACAGGAGCAGAGCCAGGGUUGGCCCGAGAUCUCCUGGAAGGAAAGAAUUGGGAUGUGAGCGCCGCCCUCAGUGAUUUUGAACAGCUACGUCAGGUCCAUGCUGGGAACCUGCCUCCACCCUUUAGUGAGGGGAGUGGUGGCUCCAGGACCCCUGAGAAAGGGUUUUCUGAUAGAGAGUCUACUCGCCCUCCCCGACCCACCCUACAGCGGCAGGAUGACAUCGUUCAAGAAAAACGCCUGUCUAGGGGCAUCUCCCACGCCAGCUCCAGCAUUGUUUCCCUGGCCCGGUCCCAUGUCUCCUCCAAUGGUGGGGGUGGGGGGAGCAGUGAGCACCCCCUGGAAAUGCCCAUCUGUGCCUUCCAGCUUCCAGAUCUCACUGUGUACAAUGAAGACUUUCGCAGCUUCAUAGAGAGAGACCUCAUUGAGCAGUCCAUGCUGGUUGCCUUGGAGCAGGCAGGGCGUUUGAACUGGUGGGUGAGUGUGGACCCCACCUGUCAGAGGCUCCUUCCUUUGGCAACUACUGGAGAUGGAAACUGCCUCCUGCACGCAGCCUCCCUUGGGAUGUGGGGUUUCCAUGAUCGGGACUUGAUGCUACGGAAAGCUUUGUAUGCACUAAUGGAGAAGGGAGCGGAGAAGGAAGCAUUAAAACGGCGCUGGAGGUGGCAGCAAACUCAGCAGAAUAAAGAGUCGGGGCUGGUAUACACAGAGGAUGAGUGGCAGAAGGAAUGGAAUGAGCUGAUCAAGCUUGCCUCAAGUGAACCCCGCAUGCAUCUAGGUACCAAUGGAGCCAACUGUGGUGGGGUGGAGAGUUCAGAAGAGCCUGUGUAUGAGAGCCUAGAAGAAUUCCAUGUUUUUGUCCUUGCCCACGUGCUUAGGAGGCCCAUAGUCGUUGUGGCAGACACCAUGCUGAGGGACUCUGGAGGGGAAGCAUUCGCCCCUAUUCCCUUUGGGGGAAUCUAUCUGCCCUUGGAGGUUCCAGCCAGCCAGUGUCACCGCUCCCCUCUGGUGCUCGCCUACGAUCAGGCCCACUUUUCUGCACUUGUGUCCAUGGAACAGAAGGAGAAUGCCAAGGAACAAGCUGUGAUCCCACUUACAGAUUCAGAGCACAAGCUGCUGCCCUUGCACUUUGCUGUGGACCCUGGAAAGGGCUGGGAGUGGGGCAGAGAUGACAAUGACAAUGUCCGAUUGGCCAGUGUAAUCCUGUCCCUAGAGGUCAAAUUGCAUCUGCUGCAUGGCUACAUGAAUGUGAAGUGGAUCCCAGUGUCCUCGGAUGCACAGGCUCCCCUGGCCCAGCCUGAGUCCCCGACAGCCUCAGCUGGAGAUGAGCCCCGGUCCACUCCUGAGUCUGGGGAAUCAGACAAGGAGUCAGUUGGCAGCAGUUCUGCCAGCAAUGAGGGCAGCAAGCGGAAAGAGAAGUCAAAACGAGAUCGGGAAAAGGACAAGAAAAGAGCAGAUUCUGUGGCUAACAAACUGGGCAGCUUUGGCAAAACCUUGGGCAGCAAGCUCAAGAAGAACAUGGGAGGCCUGAUGCACAGCAAGGGUUCUAAGCCUGGAGGGAUGGGAACAGGGUCGGGGGUAAGCAGUGGCACUGAGACACUGGAGAAGAAGAAGAAAAACUCACUGAAGAGUUGGAAGGGUGGCAAGGAGGAGGCAGCUGGGGAUGGGCCUGUAACUGAGAAGCCCACAUCUGAGUCUGUUGGUAAUGGAGGGAGCAAGUAUAGCCAGGAGGUGAUGCAAAGCCUGAGCAUUUUGAGGAUUGCAAUGCAAGGGGAGGGAAAGUUUAUUUUUGUUGGAACCCUGAAGAUGGGUCACCGUCACCAAUAUCAGGAGGAGAUGAUCCAACGCUACCUUUCUGAUGCUGAGGAGAGAUUCCUGGCAGAGCAGAAGCAGAAGGAGGCAGAGAGGAAGAUCAUGAAUGGAGGGGUAGGGAGUGGGCCUCCUCCAGCCAAAAAGCCAGAGCCAGAUGGCGGGGAGGAGCUGCUGACUGCCCCUCCAGCAGAGUCCAAGGCGGUGGCAUUGUCUACUGGCUACCCUGGUGGCUUUACUAUCCCUCGGCCUUCUGGGGGUGGAGUCCACUGCCAGGAGCCCCGGAGGCAGAUGGCAGGGGGGCCAUGUGGGGGGGGCCUGCCACCAUAUGCCACCUUCCCCAGACAGUGCCCUCCUGGGCGACCCUACCCCCAUCAGGACAGCAUCCCUUCUCUGGAGCCAGGCAGUCACUCCAAGGAUGGAGUUCACAGGGGUGCAUUGUUACCACCCCACUUCCGCGUGGCUGAUUCCUAUAGCAACGGCUACAGAGAGCCCCCUGAGCCAGAUGGAUGGGCUGGAGGUCCCCGGGGGCUUCCCCCAACCCAGACCAAAUGCAAACAACCGAACUGCAGCUUCUAUGGACACCCUGAGACAAACAACUUCUGCUCCUGCUGUUACAGGGAAGAACUGAGGAGAAGGGAACGUGAACCGGGUGGGGAGCUGCUGGUGCACAGGUUCUGAAUGGGGAAACCCUGGAGGGCAAGGGGGCUAAACAAAGAAAGUUAAGCUCAAUUAAUUGGCUCAUAAGACCCAGCCCCCAUGUUGAUGGGGCAAAUGCAGUAAUGUUUGUGUGAGCCUGGCCAGAAACUUCUAAGUGUGUAUGCUCUGGAGAGCUGCCAGGCUGGCAAGAGCAGGUCAGGGCUGGAUGGUGCCUCAAGGGCUGUACUGGUCCUUUGCCCAUCUUGACUUAAUGGUACUGAGGAGGUACAAGGGGGGAAAGAUGGUAAUUCUGUGUCAUAACCCCUUGGGUCCAUCCCAGGACCUAAGGGAAAGUGUAAGGGAAGAUUUGAUGUGAGGGGGUGGGGAGGUGGGCAGAAGUCUGGGGGAGGAACUGGCAAAGGAGGUUCUCAGUCAAUAAAAGAAAAAACAGACCAAAGUUCUUUUAGCUUGGAAAAAAGCACAUGGUGGUGGAGUUGGGAGUGUGGAGGGAAACUGGGAAAUUAGUCAAAUUUGCUAUUGAGUUGAAUUAAGGUAGAAAUUUAGUGUUGGAUAAAUUUUUCCUCCUGAAGGAUCUGGAAAGACAAGGCAGUAACGUGUGCUUAUGGAUGCUUAUUAGGAGGGGGCUGGCUUAAAUCAGUUUAGUGAGAUGGGAAAGGGAGGAACUUAAAAGGGGAAUCUUCUUCCUCUUGAGUUUGAUUUCCUUCUAAACAGCUAUCUGUCAUCCCUUCUAGUUCGAGAGGAGAUUGCCAAUUGCCCCCUAUCUUUUUCUCAUCCGUUUUGAGGGCUGAGCUAAGAAGGUUGUGAUUUUUUUUUAAGACUUUAAUUUUAUUAAAAAACAACAACAACAAAAGUUCCCUCUGGGGAAGGCAAGAGAAUGAUAAGAGCAGCUGUGUGUGUGGAAUUUUCUCCAGGUGAAUUGGUGCACAGGUGAUCUUUUUUUAACUACUAGCAAUAACCACAUAUUGGGGUUUGAGUGCGCCUUGGGAGGGGGGUGGGAGGAGGACAGACUUUUGGCCAGACUGUUUCAAACAAAACCAAAAACCUAAAUAGAGCACUACCAUCCUCUGCUGCUGUGUUUCUGUAGAAAGCAACUUAUUUUUUGGAAUUUUUUUUUUUUUUUAAAAAAAGAAACAAAAAGACCCCAGCAAGCAAAAACAUUUAAAAAAAUAUUUUUUUUUCCCUCCUAUUUAAGUGAUUCUUUCUCCUUCCUCUCUACUUUUGGAGAAUGAACUUAACGUCCCGGCUUCUUUUGUUAAGCCAUAGCUGACCUUAAUCUGUGGUUAGUUUAUUAAAAUAAUAAAAAUACUUUGUAAGAAGAGAUAUUUUUGAUAAUAGGACUGAUGUUGGAACUUGGGGUAGGGUUGGGGCAAUUUAUAAAAAGGUAGAGAAAUAUAUUUUAGUGAACUAUAACCACAGGUCACAGAUUACUCCCAAUGAGCUGAUCUGUCUUUGGAUUUCCCCCUCCCCCCCGCCCCCCCAUCCUUUUCCCCAGAGGGUGGGAGUGGGUCUGUGGACACAGUAGGGGGGAGCUCCUUUGCAUUUUGCACAAAGCACAAGUCUGGACAGCCUAUGCUCUGGCCAGCACCAUUUCUAAGAGCUUUAAACUGGAGGACCUAUCCUGGGCCAAUUUUCCCUUUUCUUUGAAUUUUUUUUUUUUCUGGGGGAAAAAAAACUCAACUAUGCAAUUGUAUACACUCCUGGGUGCAUAUGAGGAAGGGGAAUAAGUGUACUUAAGUGUCCAGAGUGUUAAUUGGGGCUAUUUUUCUGUAUUUGGAUUUCUCUUUUGAGGUAUGUACUCAUAAACCAUCUUGUGGAAUGUAAUCCCCACAUUUGAUCCAAGGCAGACGUGGGCUGGGUGUGUGUGUUAGGGGGAAUCGUUUUUGCCCUGUGUUGCUUCUGCCCAAUCAGGAAAGUUGUCAUCCCAUCUCCCCCUUGGUAACAAAGCCAGCCAAGACUGUCCUAUUCAUUGGAACUGCUCACAAUUUAGAAAGUUUCCUUUCUCCUCAACAAACUUGAAAAGUCACUUAUUUUCUAAAUCUGAUUGUUGAUUUAAUAAUUUCCAUGGCUGUUAAUUCUUAGGCUUUUAUUUGAAAACAAACCUGGUAUUAAGGAAGCAAUGAGGUCAAAGGAGAUAGGUUCCAAAGGAGGGUGGAGGGUAUGUAUAUAUUUCUGGGCAGGACUGGGACUAGUGUGAGACAAGCACGCCCCUCAGGUUCAAAACUUAAGGAGUUACCAAAAACUUAGUAAUCAAGAUAAAUACUGUUUUAAUACAGUAUUUUAAAAAAUUAAUGCAAAAAAUCCAUGAUGAGCAAAAUAUCAGAAUCUUAAAAAAGAGAAUCCAACAGGACUGGGGUUAGAGUGAGGGAAGGAACACUGAAUUGAGCAAGUACGGGUUGAAUCCUGUCUUUAUUUAAAAUUUUGAUACUUUAUUCAUUGUGGAUUUUUUUUCAUUAGUUUUGAUUUUCAAAAUAUACUGUGUUAAAAUAGUAUCUUGGUUACUGGGUUUUGGGGCACCCCUUAAAUUUUGUGCCCAAAGUGAGUGCCUUGCUCACCUUACCCUGUUUCCGGGGUUAGAACAACACUGGUGAGACCACCACCUUAUGAUCUUCAUCCCCUAACGUGCACCCAAACAACAGGUGGCUCAAGCUCACAUUGAGAAUCUGCGUAGCUCACCUAGCUUUCCCAUAGGCAUCCAUCUAUAUCAUAGGAUUUUGGCCUGGACCAAUAGAAAUGGAAACAGACCAGGGAUUUUCCCAGAGAAUAAAACCAGGAAAGUUGAUUCUCCACUGGACUGCUGUGUUUGGAUUUGACCUGUUAUUAGAUUCUAGUUAAUACUUUUGUUUUUAAAAACUGAGGACAAAUGAACAAAAACGGAAACCUUGUGUCAUGUUUGCUUUUGUUCUGAUUUAUAAAUGAACCAAUCCCAAUUGCUUUUGACUUCUUUUCAAAUAAAAACGGUGGAAAUUCUGGUGGGUGGCCUAGGGGUGAAUAUGGUAAAAUAGGGCUUUAUUUAGGCCCUUAGCUUUUUCAUUAAGAAAUAAUUUUUUUUUUUAAUUUGGGAAGGUAACUAUUUAUUGACACAUUAAGAAAAAAAAAACCACCCUCUCUAUUCUAAAGAUGAGGGACCCUGAGUCAAUGGAUGUUUUUCCAUAGGGAUGAGUAAAGUUUGUUUUGCUUCAUCCUUUGAGAGGGCUGUGGAAUGGGAGGGUGGUGAAAAAAUAAUUCCUGCAAAGUGAAGACAGACUCUGGUUGGUUUAUGGUAUUUGGGGAGGAUGAGGGGGUGGAAGAGGCAAGCUCAUGCAACUACUGCGUUGGGGAAAAGGGAGGAGAAGGGUACAUGAUGUGCACUCAAAAUGAGCCAAAUUCCUUAGUUAAGGAGGGUGUGGGUGAAGGGGGGAGGCAGACCCCUCAACCCUGGUUGAGGGAUGAUAUCUCUCAGGCUUAAAUAAGUGCACCUAGUUCCUUUAAUCCAGGCACUGGGGUACCUACUGAGGUUUUAAUCGGAGAGGGAAGAUUUUUCAGGGCUCUUCUUUUUCCCCUUUUGAUUUAAGACAGUGCUACCCCUCCACCCUACGUUCUCCAUCUCAGCCCUGAAGGAGCAAGUAUACUAUAGGAGAGGCCUCCAGAUUCCUCCCUUAAUCUGUGCUGUUUUUAUUGAGAGUUACAAGAUUGAACCAAACGUUUUUUCCCUCACACUGGAUUCUACAACAAAAGUAAAAGAUUAUAUUAAAAGUUUUUUUUUUUUUUUUAAAGAUUCAGUCUCUUUAUGGAGUGCGGAUGGUGUUUAACUCAGUGCUGUACAGGGCCUGGAGGAAAGUUCCUUCCCCCUCCUGUUGGCUGUUUCUUCUCAAGUGAAACUAAAGCUUACAGACCAACACAACAGAAAUUAGCAAUGACUUUUUGUUGUAUAUUUGGGAAUGAUACUGAGCUGGAAAGAAUGGAGCUGGUUCUGAAUGACUUCUAAGAACCUAGCUUUUGCUAUUCUUACUACUUUCUAAACAGCCACAUGUCCAAGGUUCCAGUCACAUGUUAUCUUUCCCAAUAAAGGAGGUUCAAAGAUAACUGUCCCCAGUUACUCGGACACCUCUGGACUCUGUGUCCUCUUCUAAGGAGUCAGUGCCCCAGACACACAACCACAGGUGAGAAGAAUCAGAAGCCCCUUCUCGGCCUGGAAUCACCUGCACCCCAGAUUUUUCUAAUUUCGUUUUCCCUCCAGGCCCUUCAACAACAGAUUCAGUGACUCAUGUAGGCAGUCUGUCUCUUUCACUCUGUAGAUACCUGGUCUGCAAAUUACAGGCUGUUUUGCCCGCUGAACUUAAGUUGACUAGCAAAAUAUCGUGACAUCCCCCAUGGAGACUUUCUCCACGCCACCUCCCUUCACCAGCCACUUGGGUAAGGGGCAGUAGAAAAGAGAAAGGGAAGCUGGCUGACAGUGGCGCAGAGAGGAGUGGGGGUGGGGAGGACCUUGGCCUCUUUUCUGUGCUUAUAACUGGAUCUGUGACUCAUCUUGUGAGUCACUCAGCUCCACCUCCUUCCUCUAGCUGCCCCUCCCAGCAGCCUUCACUCCUGGCACAAACCUGCAACCAGACCAGGAUUCUAAAAAUGGAAAAAUCUGAUACAGCCCCUUGCCUCUUCUCCCUUCCUUUCAUCCACUAAACCUCUACUGGGUGUGUGUAGAAUGGACAGAGGGGGUCCUCCUGCUACUUAACCCUCAGCUGCUGCCCCCUUUGCAUUCCUGGUGAGGCGCUGAUCCAAGUCACCCAUCUAUUUUCUGCCUCUGACCUUCCACCAUUUCCCUGAUGUUUUUUCUCUGUAUUCCUCUGCUGCUCCUACACCUCAAGUAUUAAAGAAUAGAAUGAGGCUCUUGAAUGAAGGGUGGUGGGGAGAAGGAAAGUGGAUGAUGGAUUUUUAAAUUGUGGUGCACAGCUCUUCCUAUUGCCACAGACCUUGGGAAAUAUUUUCUUCCCCCCAAGAGAUUGAGGCUGAUGGAAUGCAGAUGGGGGUGGCGGGGCUUGGUAGCUUUUAAGACUUCUAGAAUCAGGCUUCUGGGCUACCUUCCUAGCAGGUGUAUGCCUCUGUUCCAGACUGACUCCCUGCCUCAGAAUAUCUUCACUAUUUCCACAGUUGCAGCCAAGACAGGGAACUUUUAAAGCUGAGGCCGGAAGGGUGUGUGUGCUGGGGUGGGGGAACAGAGAGUUGUCACUGGAAAACUGGGGCCCCCACCUAAGAAUUGCUGCCUCUGUACAAACUCAAAAUCAAUAAAAC